CUCCAACCCGCUCUUCCAAGGCGACACGGCUAUCGAUAUCUCUGGGAUCGCCAGGAUAUCAGGUCUCCCAACCGGUUGCCGAUUAGAUGGCAAAUGUUCUCAAUUCGCCAGCUUGAUUCCAUUCUUGGAGGUUAUAUGUAAUUACGAGGAGCUGUCUGUAGAUAGGUAUUCCAAGAUUGUCUGGCAUGCCUACCAGGGUGGAGCACGCUGUGCGGCACACAGUAUAGCUCAAGCUCGUCAGCAGCCACAACGAGCUACAUCCGACCCGACCUCUGCUUCCGGCACGCCGCCGGCACCUCCAACCUCCGCUCGAAGCCCACCCCCCACGACCGUGGCCCCUCCCAUCGCCGCCAUCCGAGCCCGGUAAACCCGCUGCGGAAUGCAGUGAGCCUCCGCCGCCAUGCCGACGCCGACGACCUAUGCCCUGGUGUCCCUGCCGCUGAGGACCUUUGACACGGACGACGCCCUCGCCUCCCUGCGCACCAUCAUAAACCCCGACAACGGCGCCGUCCUCCCCUUCACAAUACCCGAGUUCAAGAUCGGAACCCUCGACGCCCUCGUCCAGUACGCCGACGACCUGGCAAAGCUCGAGGCCGCCUGCCAGGGCGUUGUCUCGCGUGUCGCCGACGCGCUCAAGUCUCUGGUCGGCCCCGACGAGGACAAGAUCGCCCAGCAGAAGACGGUCAAUGACAAACCCACCGACCACUACAUCAGCACCUUUAGCUGGAACAAGGUCCGAUACCGAGCGGACCGACCUCUCGGCGAGCUCAUCGACACUCUGCAGAAGGAGCUGGUCAACAUCGACAAUGACGUCAAGGGCAAGUUCAACCAAUACAAUUCAGCCAAGACGAACCUGGCGUCUCUGCAGCGGAAACAGACCGGAAACCUGUCCACAAAGUCCCUGACCCCGAUCGUCAAGCCUUCUCUCCUGGUGCAGGACUCGGAGUACCUAGAGACGCACCUCAUCGUGGUGCCCUCGAUGAUGCGCAAAGACUUCCUCAAGACCUACGAGGAGCUCUCGCCCAUGGUGGUGCCCCGGUCGGCCAUCGAGGUGGCGCAGGACGACGAGUUCGCCCUCUUCGCCGUCACCACAUUCAAGAAGCACAGCGCCGAGUUCCUGCAAAAGUGCCGCGAGCAGAAAUGGACCCCGCGCCAGUACAAAUACGUCGAGGGCGGCCAGGAGGAGGAGAAGCGCGAGCUGGACCGUGUCGCCAAGGAGGAGAGGAAGGUCUUUGGCGAGGCGCUCCGUUUCGGUAGGACCGGCUGGAGCGAGGGCGCCAUGGUCUGGGCCCACGUCAUGGCCCUGCGCGUCUUUGUCGAGACCGUCUUGCGCUACGGCCUGCCUCUCGAGUUUGUAUCUGCGCUUGUCAAGACGAACCCCAAGCUGGUCAAAAAGGUCAGGACCGCGUUGGACUCGUCCUUUUCGUACCUGGGCGGAAACGCGUUUGGCAGGGACAAGCGCGGCAAGAUCCAGCAGGACGACGCCGCCUUGACAUCCGAGAUGGCGGCGGCAGGAGUUGGGUUCGGGGACGGGAACGAGUACACUCCUUACGUGUACUACGAGUUCGAAUUUCCUUAGCAGCGUUGUCACUCGCAUGGAACAAAAAAAUGCGAGGCUCUGGAGCCAGCCGGUGACAACUGCUCGAACAGCCGACUGUCAGGGACUGGCAUGCAUACAUUUGAUUCUUGUUUAUUUCCCUCCGGUUUGCCAUAUGUCUUGUUUCUUCAUGUUUAUCUAUGCGCAAUGCAUGUGUAUGUGUGCGUGGGUCUAAAUCUUUUUGUUUUCAUUUUCCUGGAGGAAUACCGCCCUCGACGGGGGGGAAAGAGAGUCUACCGCGCUGCACGCCCUUCAGCUGCUGCCGGCCGCCUUGACCAGGCCCUUCUCCUGCAGGUACUGCACGAUCUGGGCGACGCACUCCUCGACCGACUUCUCGUGGGUCCUGAUGGUGAUCUCGGGGUUGAGUGGGGCCUCGUAGGGGGCCGAGAUGCCGGUGAACUCCUUGAUCUCGCCGGCGCGGGCCUUCUUGUAGAGGCCCUUGGGGUCGCGCUGCUCGGCGACCUCGAUGGGGAUGUCGACGUAGACCUCGACAAACUCGAGCGCGUCGUCGCCACCACCACUUUGCGCCGAUGCGGCGGCGGUGGCGGCGUGCAGCUCCCGGGCCGUCUGGCGGUCGGCGCGGUAGGGCGAGAUGAAGGACGUGAUGGCGACGGUCGCCGAGUCGGCAAAGAGCUUGGCCACCUCGGCGAUGCGGCGGAUGUUCUCGUUGCGGUCGCGCUCCGAGAAGCCCAGGUCCCGGUUCAGCCCGAAGCGCACGUUGUCGCCGUCGAGCCGGUACGCGGCCAGCCCCAGGUGCAGCAGGUGCUGCUCCAGCGCCGUCGCCACCGUCGACUUGCCCGACGCCGACAGGCCCGUGAACCAUAUCGUGAAGCCGCGCUGCCCGCGCAGCUCGGCGCGCUCUCGCCUCGUCAGGCCCUCGUGCCAGGUGAUGUUGCUGUUUUUUUUUUUUUGGGAGAGUUAGGUGUAAGUUGUCGCUCUAGGGGGCUUGGCUUGGGGAUACGGUGGGAUGGGUUAGUGUGUUGGG